GAGAGCGUAGCGGUCAAGUUGAAUCUAGACUAAAGUGUAGUCCGUGUACAUUCGCUGGGGGCACCGCCGACACCAUUCUCAAGACUCGCUACGCGUCACUGCAUGCAUCGUUCCGUCACACUUCCUGAAGGUGUACGAUCUCAAAUCACAGGUGCUAUAAAGGCGUGUGUAUUAUGGUACAAGAAAACUGUGUUUCAACAAUUGCUGACUGAACUUGCUGAAAUCUGGCCUGUGCCUCCACUAACGGCUGAAAAUCAAAGAAUCAAAUACAAAAGUUUGAGUACUUUGCGUAGAGUUCAUGCUUGGUACUUCGCAAUUAACCUAUGCGGCGUGUGGGUUUAUAAUCUGACACCGAUAUUUAAACACUAUUAUCGCCGAUACAAUGGUGAAGAGUCUCAAAUCGGUACCAUUUGGUCAUCCUGGUAUCCUUUUGACAAAACGCAACCAGUUCCCCACUUUUUUGUUUACCUUUUCGAAAUCCUAAUGGGUCAAGUGUGUGUGUGGAUAACAUUAAGUAUGGAUUUAUUAUUUUCGGGAUUGGCAAGCCAUAUUGUACUGUUACUACGUUUUCUUCAAAGCCAACUUAAAUCAUUAACAGUUUUAAAUAAAACAGAGAAGGAAUAUCAUCAAGAAAUUGUUAAUUGUAUAAAACUUCACCAACGCUUAAUUAGAUAUUGUUUUGAUAUUGGUGAAGCUUUUUCAUUCAUAAAUUUAGUAAAUAUCAUACUCAGUUCAAUCAAUAUAUGCUGCGUUGUUUUUACCAUAUUGGUUUUGGACCCCUUCCUGGCGGUUAGUAACAAACUCUUCUUGGUGUCGGCUUUACUACAAGUAGGAAUGGUCUGUUGGUACGGACAAGAUAUAAUUCAUGCGAACUCAAAUAUUUCAAUAGCGGCAUAUAACAGCGGAUGGUAUGAAAUGACGCCACGAUGUAGGCGUGCACUUCUCUUCAUGAUACAAAGAACACAAAAACCAAUUGGAUUCACGGCUAUGAAUUUUACAUAUAUAUCGUUAUUGACGUAUACGGCGAUAAUGACACGUGCAUAUUCCUAUUUCGCUCUGCUCUAUACCUUAUAUAAUAAAAACCAAGGGUCUUAAAGGAAUCGUUUUGAGCAGUAGCAUAAAGUAUAGUAGAUUAG